GCAAUGGUGGUGGAGCACAGAAGUGGCUCUGAGCAGCCGAGGAAGCGCCGGGCUAUCGAUCAAGAUGAGCUUAAAAGGAUUGCCUCAGAGGUAUGCGACACCAUACUUGGACACACCAAGGAACGCUUUGCCUUCAAGGACCACCUCAUCAGUGCCACCUUACUGGACAGCCCCCAGUUUGACCACUACCUCGAUGCAUUCCCUGAAGUUGCUCUGGCCACAACAUUGAAGGCCUAUCCUGUGCUCGAUGGAAGUAGGCUGAAGACAGAGCUUACCCUCAUCUAUGGCUCAGAAGAAUUCCGAACCUGUCGUGGUGCUGUGGAUCUUUACCAGUUGUUCAAAGACAAUAACCUUUCUGAGGUAUUUUCAGAGACAGAAACACUGCUUAAAAUCAUCAUCACAACUCCCAUGGCCACUGCUGAGGCUGAGAGGUGUUUUUCAACACUGAAAAGGGUUAAAACCUUUCUCAGGAACACAAUGACUCAGGACAGACUGAAUGCCUUAGCCAUGCUCUCAAUGGAAAAAAGGCUUGUCACAGACAUGAUUGACUUUAACCAGAAGGUGAUAGAGAGAUUUGCCAGCUUGAAAGAGGGGAGGGCUAAGUUUCUUUACAAGUAGUGGGGCCUACUCUUGACAAACAACAAAUGUAAAAUGUUAUGUCUCUUCUGCUCUAAACCUCUUUCGUGUGAGGGUGUGGGCACCUUUUUUAUUCUGUUCAUCUCUGAAACCCUACCCAAUGUCUCUUACCUAUGUCCCUACCAUUCUGCUCUGAACUGUCAUGCCCAAAGUAACAGGUUAUUGUUGUUGGAUACUAGUGUUGAGCACUGUAUGUUAUUGAA